UGUAUUUCACGCAACUACAUUCCUGCUAUUUUACUUGGUCCUGUUAUAAAUUUUUCCGGUGCUGGUGGUGACUCUGAUAAUUAUUUAAAGUCUGGUGCUGUUGCCUCUGAUACACAUUUU